CAAGCGCACCAGUCUCCUCAAUUUUGUCACGUCCUACACCUUCCCACGAUCAUUUCUGCGCGACUGGCUUGAAAACCACCGUUCCACUCCCGUUUUUUUUUUUUAGAGUUUUCCAAAACUUUCUUUAACUGUGCUUUUUUUUUUCCUAGAAGGGGGGAUAUUACAUCAUUUGGACGAGGAAGUACCCUGUUGCUCGUGCAGCCAAGCACACGGACACUGGAAUACCAGACAUCUGAUCUUGACUUUUCUCCUCUGAUUCCUCAGCUUCAGAAAUAUUUUUUCGUUCUGCUCCUCGACUGGUGGGACGUGGUGCGCAGUCGGCUAGAGUGUGGAGAAAUGACAGCUUUGGCGGGGGCUGUGCCCAGGAUGAUGCGCCCCACGCUGGCCCAGAACUACCAACGGAGUGGCUUCCCCUUGGAAGUGUCCACCCCGUUGGGUCAGGGCAGAGUGAAUCAGCUCGGGGGGGUGUUCAUCAACGGUCGACCUCUGCCCAACCACAUUCGACACAAGAUCGUGGAAAUGGCUCAUCACGGAAUCAGGCCCUGCGUUAUCUCGCGCCAGCUGCGCGUCUCCCACGGCUGCGUGUCCAAAAUCCUGUGCAGGUACCAGGAGACGGGCUCCAUCCGGCCCGGAGCCAUCGGGGGAAGCAAAGCCAAGCAGGUGACCACGCCGGAGGUGGAGAAGAAGAUCGAGGAGUACAAGCGGGACAACCCGGGCAUGUUCAGCUGGGAGAUCCGGGAUAAAUUACUGAAGGACGGAAUCUGUGACAGAAACACCGUCCCCUCAGUGAGCUCUAUCAGUCGCAUCAUGCGAAGCAAGUUCGGAGGAAAAGGGGAGGAUGAGGACGAUGAAGAUGAGAUGGAGAAGAAGGAGCUGGAAGACAGCGAACGAAAGGCGAAGCACAGCAUCGACGGCAUCCUUGGAGACAGAUCCAGCCACUCGGACGAGGGUUCGGACGUGGAGUCGGAGCCCGACCUGCCCCUCAAGCGGAAGCAGCGGCGCAGCCGGACCACCUUCACGGCGGAGCAACUGGAGGAGCUGGAGCGAGCCUUCGAGCGCACGCACUACCCCGACAUCUACACCAGGGAGGAGCUGGCGCAGAGGGCCAAGCUGACCGAGGCUCGCGUUCAGGUGUGGUUCAGCAACAGGAGAGCCAGGUGGAGAAAGCAAGCAGGGGCCAAUCAGCUGAUGGCUUUUAAUCACCUGAUCCCUGGCGGGUUCCCACCUUCGGCCAUGUCCAGCCUGCCCCCCUACCAGCUGUCGGACAGCCCUUAUCCGCCCACCUCCAUAUCACAAGCGGCAGUGCCAGAGCAGCCCAGCACGGUCCACCGGCCUCAGCCUCUGCCCCCCACGUCGGUGCACCAGGGCGGUCUGGGCGGAGCGGGGGGAGCCCAGGAAGGGGGGUCUGCCUACUGUCUGUCGUCGGGGCGCCACGGCUUCUCCAGCUACUCCGACGGCUUCGUGCCCUCGGCCGGACCCUCCAACCCCAUGAAUCCCAGCAUCAGCAACGGUCUCUCGCCCCAGGUGAUGGGACUCUUGAACCCGGGCGGAGUUCCUCACCAGCCCCAGAGCGACUACGCCCUGUCACCCCUCACCGGAGGCCUGGAGCCCAGCAGCGGGAUGGCGGCCAGCUGCUCUCAGCGCCUCGAUCACAUGAAGAGCCUGGAAGGGCUGCCCAGUCUUCCCAGUUUGCCCAGUCUGCCCAGCUCCCAGUCCUACUGCCCGCCCACUUAUAGCUCCACCGGCUACAGCGUGGAACCCGUCACGCCGUACCAGUACGGCCAGUACGGGCAAAGUAAGGUGCCUUUCAUUAUCUGAAGCCUGAAAUCGCCUGAAAGGAAGUGUUUCCUCGAAGUGCUCCUCGCUGACCCUCUCA